AUGGGGCACGAGACUAACCAGUGCAGGAAGAAACAGGAAGGGAAGGACACAGUGAAACAGAAGUGGAUUCCCAAGAAGCAAGAGAAUGAGGUGAAGCUGAAAUCAACUUUAGUAGAUGAGGAAGGGUUUCAGAGAGUUGAAAAGAGGAACAAAGUAGUAACAAAUGAAAAACCUGCUGUUACUGAAGUGGAAAAUCGGUUUGACAUGUUGGAGAAUCAGGAGGAAGAGAAUUGGUGUUUCACGAAUAAUAAUCCAUGGCUGGAUAAAGGAAGAAUAGUUGUAGCAUGGCAGCCAAGUAGUUUUGAUUUGGAUAUUAGAUUCUGUUCAGACCAAAUGAUCCAUGGUAUUGGUCUCUCUAAGCAAUGCAAGGCACGGUUUAGCAUUACCAUAGUAUAUGGGUUCAAUGAAGACAGAAAAAGGAAGAAGCUAUGGGAGGAUUUAAAAGAAGUUUUAGCUCAAGUGCAGGGGCCGUGGUUGCUAAUUGGAGACUUCAAUGACAUCUUAGUUUCUAAUGAAAGAGUUGGAAGAAGAAGCACUAAAGGUCCUACGCAAGAAUUUAGAGAAUGUGUGGAUUAUUGUAAAUUAGAGGAUUUAAAAUUCUCUGGAGCUUUCUUCACCUGGAAUAAUAAGCAAAUGUCAGAAUUCAGAGUCUGUUCUAAGAUUGAUCGCGCCUUGGUCAAUUCUACAUGGGCUGAUUCCUUUCCUUUGUCUGAGGCAGUCUUCUUACCUCAAGGUAUAUUUGAUCACAGCCCCAUCUUAGUUUCUCUACACCAAGAUGUUGUUUGUGGGAAAAAGCCUUUCAGGUACUUUAGUAUGUGGAAAGGUGCAGAUAACUUUGAUGCAAAAGUAGCUCAAAGCUGGAAUGAAGGAGCUGUUGGAACUGAGAUGUUUAAACUGACCAUGAAAUUGAAGAGAUUGAAGCAGGUUCUCAAGAGUAUUAAUAAGGAGGGUUUUAGUGAUCUGCAACAGCAAGCGCUUGAAGCUAAGAAUACAUUACUGGAGCUGCAGGGCAGAAUUAACAUUGAUCCCCUUAACAGUCACCUCCUGUUAGAGGAACAAUCAGCCAGGGAGAAGUUUAUUAAACUGUUUAAAGCAUAUUCUCUUUUUCUAGCUCAAAAAGCUAAAAUUACUUGGGCUAAAAAUGGAGAUGAUAAUACAGCCAUAUUUCAUGCAUCUUUGAGGGCAAGGAGGAUCCAUAACCGUGUCUCUUCCAUAGAGGAUGCUCAGGGUAUUUGGUGCGAUACACCAGAUAGUGUCCAACAUGCAUUUCUGCAUUUUUUCCAGCAAUUGUUAGGCUCUCAAAUGCAUCAAAGAAUCUCGGUUAUUCAGAGUAUCAUUGACCUUGGACCAAAAAUCAUAGAUAGGCACAUAAGUAUUCUCCAAGCAGAUUAUUCAGCUGAAGAAGUUAAGGAUACAAUCUUUGCUAUUCCAGGGCUGAAGUCUCCAGGUCCUGAUGGCUUUGGUAGAAGUUUCUAUCAAGAUAACUGGAAUCUUGUAGGAGCUGAAGUUGAAAAAGCUGUGCUAUCUUUUUUGAAUACAGGAAGAAUCCUUAAGGAAAUCAAUGCUACCACAAUUACCAUCAUUCCUAAGAGUAGUUGCCCACGCAAUGUCAGUGAUUUCCGCCCUAUAUCUUGCUGCAAUGUCAUCUACAAGGCUGCCUCAAAAAUGAUCUGUUCGAGAUUGCGGAAAAUUCUACCUGACUUAAUUGCUGAAAAUCAGGGGGUUUUGUUCAUGGACGCUAUAUAG